AUGGAAGCGUUCCAGCAUCAGCUCCUCACUCUUAUUGGCAGUCUGAUCUGUUUCUGUACUCUGGUAAAAUGCAUCAGAUUUAUGAAAUACAUUUUCCCACAUAUCUGGAGUGCUUUGCCUCAGACUUUCUUUCGAUCGCUGGGAGAAUGGGCAGUGGUCACAGGAGCAGGAGAUGGCCUUGGAAAAGCAUAUUCCUUUGAGCUGGCAAAACGUGGAUUAAAUGUAGUUAUGAUAAGCAGAACUCUUGAGAAACUGCAGAGAGUAGCCUCUGAAGUUGAGCAGGCCACAGGUCAAAAGGUGAAGGUUAUACAAGCUGAUUUCACCAAAAAUUCAGUGUAUGAGAACAUCGAAAAAAGUCUGCAAGGGUUGGAUAUUGGUGUUCUGGUUAACAAUGUUGGAAUGCUUCAUAAUCCUCUUCCGUGCCGUUUCCUUAAUGGACCAGACAUAGAUGAGAACCUUAUCAACUGCAACGUUAUUUCUGUUACAAAGAUGACAAAAAUAAUUUUGAAACAAAUGGAGCCAAGACAAAAAGGUCUUAUUCUGAAUCUGUCCUCUGGUCUGGGUACUUUCCCUUGUCCAUUAUACACAAUGUACUCAGCUUCUAAGGCUUUUAUAAGCACUUUCUCCAAAGCACUACAAGCAGAGUAUAAGGCAAAGGGAAUUAUCAUACAGGUAGUGGCUCCUUACGGUGUUUCUACUCCAAUGACAAUGUACCAAAAACCCAGUCUUAUUACAAAGACGGCAGAAGAGUUUGUUGGUGAAUCACUGGAUUAUGUCACCUUUGGAGAUCAGAUUUUUGGAUGUUUAGCCCAUGAAAUGCUGGCAUGUGUCCUGCAGUUCAUCCCUUUGUGGGUAUUCCAUAGCGACAGACUUCAAGAAGCAGUCCUGCAUGCAUUUACCAGUUAUCUGAAGAAGAGGUGGAGGAACCCCUAA